CAAGAAAAUAUUCAAGGGUCAAUUUUUAAGUAUAAAUCUAUAUGAGUUGCAUAGUUGACAGCAGCAGUGCUAUAAAGAAUUCAGACCUGAAUUAAUCAAUCAGAUUCAAAUUAAUCAAGAAGAAAGCUACAAAAAUCACAAAAAGAUGUCUACAUCCACAAUAGUAAUCACAGCCAUUCUCAUCGUCAUCUCAACACUUCCAUCAACCAUCAAAUCCCAAACCACAACCACAUCACCCUCACCAAACAUGCCAACAACAACAACAAAAAAUCCGGAAGAUUGCGCCAAUCGAAUUUAUUCAACAAUCAGAGGCUUUAGAGGAACCAAAGAAGAAUUAUUCAAAAAGCUUGAAGCUCAAUUCAAUAUGGAAAUGAAAGGCAUUCGAGUCAAUGAAUUUAGCAAUGAAAAUUACAAAAAAGUCACUGAUACAGUAGCUAAAAGAUUGUCAAGAGACGACAUCAUCAAUGUUGAAGAUUUCAGGAAGUUUGCAGACACAAUGAUUCAAAAAUGGAGAGCAACUGGUAGAUGAGGUGAUUUUUAGGGCAUUAAUAUUUGAAAUUAAACUUUUGCCCGAGAAGCACAAGUUGGAUAAUCGAUCUGAAAUCCCGCAGCAAGCCUGUGUGAUUCUGUCAUGGUUCUGGAUUUAAAUCGAAGCCAGCAUCAUUCCAGAGUCAUGACGGCUGAACGCUGGAUUUCUGUUUCAUUAACCGACUUGUGCUUCUCGGGUUAAGGC